AUGUGCUGCUCCCCUUGCUGCCUGCCUUGCUGCUACAGGACCACCUGCAGAACCACCUGCUGGAGGCCCGCCUGCUGUGGGUCCAGCUGCUGUGGGUCCUGCUGCUGCCAGCCUUGCUGCUGUAGCACUCCCUGCUGCCAGCCUUGCUGCCGCCCUUGCUGUGGGUCCAGCUGCUGCCAGCCCAGCUGCUGUGGGUCCAGCUGUGGCGGGUCCUGCUGCUGCUCUCCCUGCUGCCAGCAGGUUUGCUGCUGCCCCGUGCAUGUCUGCAGAACCUGCUACCACCCCACCUGCUGCUGCGUGCCCGGCUGCAUAAGGUAUGGCUGUGGAUCCUGCUGCUGCCAACCUUGCUGCUGCUAA